AUGGACGUAUACCUGGGAGUCACCCUUCUGUGUGCUAUCCUAGCCAUCUGUAUUUUCAUGCUCAUCAGUCGUUCCUUGAGCGUUGACACCACGUUCGCUAACGGCCUCCCUUGGGCCGACCUUCGAGACGAAGUCUUCAAGACGACACGAGCGUCAUUGCGACAGCUGAUCAGUUGUACACAGGUUUUGCAAGAGGCAUAUACGAAGUUCAGCAAAAAAGGUCAACCUUUCGUUGUGUCGGACUUCAGCUUCCAACCGCAGAUCCUGCUUCCCCAGGACUACAUCAAGUGGCUCACGACGCAAUCUGACACCGUACUUUCCGUAUGGCCUGUCCGAAGUAAGAGGCGCGCUUUGGGUGCCAUGAUGUCUACCGUAGAUCACAAGACAACUAUUGCCUUCAUGGACAAGAUCGUUGGCCGCUUCCUCACACGCAAUCUCGACAAGGUCCAAGCUGAUGUCUCUGAGGAGAUGGGUGCCAGUGUCGACUGUGCCAUGGGGAUGGACGAGAAGAAUUGGCACGAGGUGAACUUGAUGCAGACUUUCAAAGAUAUUGGGGAUAGAACUGGGGUUCGAGCUUUGUUUGGCUUGACGUUAUGUCGUGAUCAGCACUUCUUACGGGUUUUGACCCAUUUCAAAACUUUGAUGGGAAUCGGUAUCCUUCUUAGUGGGCAAUUGCCCCCGAUCAUCCGUCCUAUCGUUGGCUUACUGCUCAUUCUGCCUUUCCGAAUCUGCAAAGCCAGAGUCAAGAAAGUCCUUACGCCUAUCGUCAAGCAACGCAUGCACGAAGUCGCGUGUGAGCAGGACGACGCAACAAUGAGGAACGAAUCACAGGAUUUUCUCACCCAGAGCGUGAGAGUGAUCAUGAAGGAUAAAGAAAUCGCCCAUCAGAGCGCGGAAUACGUUGCUGACCAAUUUCUGGUCCUUUCCUUCGCAACGCUCGCAUCAACUUCCCUAGUCGCCAGCAAUCUCUUCCUAGACAUCAUAAGCAGCGGCCCCUCGCUCGACGCAUACGAGCGCUUGCGCUCAGAGGCAGCCAGCGUAUUCAAAUCGGAAGGCGACUGGGCGGAUCCGACAGCCUUGAAGAAGCUGGUACUCACGGACAGCGCCAUACGGGAAAGCAUACGACGCAGUUCCAUUCAAACCCGCGGCUUACUGAGGGCCGUGGUAUCUCCAGACGGUGUCACCUUACCAAACGGUACUCAUGUUCCUCAAGGCACCUGGCUGGGAGUACCCGUGCAAGCUGUGCACAUGGACGGGGAUUUGUAUGAUAAGCCGUACGAGUACAACCCUUUUCGCUUCGCGGUGAUGAGGUCCGAGAGUAAUGUUCCCAGCCACGAGAAGGUCGAUGCAACUGACAUCAGCGACACGUUUCUGGGGUGGAGUUAUGGUCGUUAUGCCUGUCCCGGCCGCUGGUUCGCUGUUCAGAACCUCAAGCUCAUGGUUGCUUACAUCACCCUCAACUACGAGAUCCAGCCCAUUGCCAAGCGACCUGAGAGCAUUGUCUUUGGAGAUGCAAACGUGCCGUCUAUGUCUGCUUGUAUUAAGGUGCGUAGGAGGAGGAGAGCACAAGGUUGA